CAGGUGUAUUGCUCGGUCACACUGGCAGAUUACGCGACCGAAAGAAGUCUGCGUUUUCCCGAUUAAAUUGUCUGGUUUCUUGUGAGGAAAUCGCCGACUUAGCCAGCCAGAAUGAUGCAAAAGGUGAUCCGUCAGAUGGCCCAGCUGCGCUUGCAGGCGCCGCCGGGAGCAGCGCUCCUCAAAACCGGGGAAGCCCCGACCGCCAUGCUGAGCCACCAACAUCCACCUGCCUUCCAAGUGAAAUCCCUGCACACGGCUGCUUCGGCCGGAUUCCUGUGUGCCAAGUGGAACAAGUACAACUACGGACCCCGGAAAUGGCUGGAAUACAACAAGACAGUCCAUCCGCCGCAGGAAACGGACGAGGAGCCCAGGAAGGCUUACGUCUGCCACAUGCGAAACAAUAUCAAAUACAGCCCGGACAAGAUGUGGUACAUCGCCGCCUUUGUUCGCGGCAUGUCCGUUGAUGAGGCCCUAAAGCAACUGAACUUUGUGCUCAAAAAGGGAGCCACCGAUGUCAAGGAGACCAUUCUGGAGGCCCAGCAAAUGGCCGUGGAGCGACACAAUGUGGAAUACAAGAGCAAUCUGUGGAUAGCCGAAUCCUUUGUGGGGAAGGGACGCGUCUUCAAGGGCGUGAGGCGCCACGGCCGCGGUCGCUUUGGCCAGGUGGAGUACAAGCACUGCCACUAUUUUGUGAGACUGGAGGAGGGAGAGCCCCCGCAGCACUACUACCAGGAGCCACAGACGCCAGAACAGCAGUACGAGCACUGGCUGGAGCAGAUGCGCAGUCGGAAGAUCACCAACUCACUGUAGCCCCGUCACGUCGUACUUCCAUAUUAUCGACCCAAACUUUUCCAAUCCUCCUUUGCCAUCGCGUCCCCACAUAUAAGGCAUUUUUUGUUUUUAGAAGGUUGUUUAAUAAAA